AGAAAUGUGAGAUAAUGCUUGGCGAAUGGCUUAGCCCCAAUGCCUCCUUUAAAAAUUUUAAAGGAGGCAUUGGCUUAGCAGAUGACAACGCAGGCAACACUGUCGUGAUGAAAUUCCGUCCUCCAUAAGGCCUCGUGAUCGCGUAUCGCGUGUUGUGAGCAAGUAUCCCCGGUUCUAAUAGAUAUAUCAUAAGUUAGCGUUGCUUUCCAGUGAGGCUCUGGCCUUAUUUACGUUUAGAUCUCGCAAUUACCGAACAGUAUUCCCGCCGGCGCAAUGGCAGACAGUCCGGGUACUAGAUCGGCGAGUCCACCCAGCCGGUGGGCUGCGGACGCUGUGGCCUUCGUUCUGAAGCAUUCGAGAGCUGGCAUCGUGCCCCUUUGUACCAACGUUGCCGCAAUACUGGAACAACAGGAUAGGCUCGCACACGAAAAUGAAAACCUGGGUCGUGAACUGAAGAACUGCAAGGCAAUGCUUUCGCUGCCCGCAGGUGAUGAUGAAGUUGAUGAUGUAGGCCAGAAUGCACAUUUGCCGCAACAUGACGCAGGACCAGCAUGUGCCACCGGGCAUGAUGCAUCUACAAGCAGUUUCGAACCAGUAACUGUAAGUGACGUGGAUAAUUACCGCAGUGUUAUUGUGGCAUCACUUGUCAACAAGAAGAAGAAAGGGAGCAUUGAUACACUAAAGGUUCUGCGGCAGUUGCAUCAGUUUGGGAACCCUUGGGUGCCCUUAGACAGCUGCAUUUGUGAAGCCUGCAAAUCCUUUGAAGGAACCAAGGCAUCGCCGAAGGCUCUUACCUUCAACCUUCUUGACAAAGGCCACACAGCGAUAAUUCGAAGAAAGCUCUUAGGAAAGAUUUGUUAUGUUGGCCACCUCGACACCAGUGCGCCACACUGGAUUUGGCUUGGUCUUGACCUGCCUUACCCUGUGGGAUUCUGUGAUGGAAGACUUGGUGGAAAGACCUACUUUGAGUGCAAGCCGUGUCAUGGAGCAUUCUUCAAUGUUUCAAGUGUCACGGCGAUAAUCACUUAACGCAGCUUGCAGCCAAACUGAACACAUGUGAGCACACCAUGAGAGGCAAUGUAAAGAAUACAAUGCAUGGUGCGAGGAAAUAUCACACUUUUAUUACUGUAUAGUUUCACUCUGAUGAAAAAUGCUUUGUACAUCUUUUAUACAGAUUGUUUAUUUACACAUUUCACAUUGUUAGAAAUCAUAAGUAUUUACUUCAGUAGAGCAUAUAUGCUCUUCCUCCUCUACAGGGAGUGAAUAUGAAGGUUCAGGGCCCUGAGAAUCUUUAUUACGUAUUCCGUUCUUGCACGUACAUGGCGUGCAGUGUGGUCUUGAAUAAAUACCUUUCUUCUUCAUGAGAAA